GUCGCUAUAGUACAGCAUGUUCUUUGUGGGCGGGAAGGGAUGAAUAUACUUGCACGCAGUUGAACUGUCUUUUCAGAUACACUACGCAAGUGGAGAAAUUUGUAAAGCGUAAGGAGAACUUUUGACUACUUUGGAGUUCGUGACAGGUAAAAUAACGCGAUGUUUACGGAAGAAUCGGGUAAAAAAAUUCGUGCCUCGAACUGUGUGUCUGAUUGAGGCUAGGCAGCCCAGCGAAUAUUCUACGUGAUAGUGUGGAAGUUCGGAGAUUUCGACUUUCCUAAAUUUAAAACCAAAACACGUGACUUGAAAUUUGGCAUACGCAUUCCAAGAAGAAAAUUGUUUUUUUUUUACUUGGACAAUGUGAAACUCUCAGAACUGCUUUUCCUUUUACGAUUACAUCAAAGCGUGAAGUUUUUUUUGCCAGAUCGAUGAUCGAUGGCAAACGGCGUGCUAGACAUCUCCCUCAGUACUUGACUCCAGCUCCGUACACUGGUUCAAUGGGAAAUCCGGCCUCUUGAGAGCAUGCUACGCUGAACUCCUUUCGUUUGCAAUCAGUUAGAGCUGUGCAUGUGUUUACACAUAAAUCUGAUUAUUUGGAUGCCAUGUCUGGGUUAGAUUCUGCAGAGCUCCUUGCACAUGAUCCAGCCAACAGCAGCGGCUCAGCCCAGGCGUCUCAGGACUGUGGUGGCGAUAACAAGAAACUUCGAAGAAGGGAAAAAAACAGAAUCGCUGCGCAAAGAAGCCGGAAGAAACAGACCCUGAAGGCAGAUAAACUACACAAGGAAUAUGAAGGGCUGGAACAGGAAAACACUGCGCUAAAAAGGGAAAUAAGGAAACUUAGUGAAGAAGUGAAACAUUUAUCAGAUGCUUUGAAAGAUCAUGAACGAGUACUGCGUCGCUGCAAACCCUACACAGAGCCGAUGCGGAUCCCUACGCCAGAGCCUGACGCGUACCUCUCCCAAAACGUAACUGCGCGUCACAGCAACGCAGACCGCAACAACUGUGAUUGGUCCACUUGGUAGCAUCGCAUCUCCUCCUACGCUGCAAUAGCUUCCCAUUGGCCGACUGAAGGGCAGGGAAGGAACUUUGGCUGCAAUGCUUUCCAUAAAGCUUUACAGACCUCCGAAAUUAUAGAGGACACAUUUCGCUUUUACGAAAAAAAACGCUCGCUUUAAACUUGUUUACCCCAAGAAAGACUACCAUGACCAUGAAGCCUUGCGGGGGCAGGUGUGUGCGCAUGCACGACGUGCACGAAUUGCAGAGCAAUGCAGACAUACCAACGCACAAGUAUAGAUGCUCACAACGCAUGUUGGUCACUUGCGUAGGUUACCGCGUGGAGUUGACGCAGAAGUAUAAAUCAGGCUUUAGUAGAGCCAUAUGGCACAAACUGUUACAUUUCGAUUAUCUGUUGUAUUUUUUAAUAUGUGUGAAUGAUUAUGUGGCUUUCAUUGGAUUACAUCGAUUGCUGUGUUUUUAUGCCUGCUAUCAGCAAAAUGACCUCAUGUGACCUUGAUUAAAUUGAAAAAGCAGGUAAUGUAUUAGAUAUUGCUCAGUGGUCUGCAAUCAUGAUGCAGCUGCUUAAAUGAUGAGGAGUGCAUCUGAUUGUAGUCAACUGGUGGAAUGAAUUCUUUCUCUGCCUCCCCAGGGAUUGAUCAGCCCAUCACUGCAUCAAAAAUCUUUGCAAGGUGCAGAGUGGAAACUUGCCUCACCUAGGUAAGAGAGUGCAAAACAAGGUUGAUUGCCAAAGUAGUUGGUGUCAUCCCAAAAAAUUUCUUUUGUUCUCUGAAAUUUGUAGAAUAACUAGAAAAUGUGAGGAAGAAGUCAGCUCAUUCUGACUUUGUAGAUGCAUAAACACACAAAGUUUACUUCAAACCUCACAGAGAAGCAUCCAAGUAAAACUGUCCAAUUGCAAUCUGAGUGAUGAUGCCUACAAAACAAUAUGCUUUGGUGGCUAUUUCUGUCUUCAUCAAUUUUUGUACAUAAAUAUACUUUGGCUUCAAUCAGUGUCUUAAACAUGCUUUCUGCAAUUUGACGGUUAUCUGGAGUAUCAACUAUUUUCAUCUUUGAAGCCUAUUUGAUUCUGAUAAGUCUUGAACAGGAAGGGUACACAGGAUGUGAAUAGAAUCCUUUUUUGUGUGCGAGCAUCUAGAGCCAGGGGUCAAUGUUUGACAAUAAGGAGUCACUUAGUGAAGGCAGAUAUGAGGGUUUUUAUUUCCUCGAAUGGUUGUGAGUUUUCUGAAUAAACUUCCUUGUAAAGCAGUGGGAGAAGUGUCUUUUACUAUUUUUGCCCUAAAAGGCAGUGGUAAGCCGGCAUUGAGAAAUUUUUGGAGAUGGGGACUAAUGCAGAGUUCAGGUUCCAGUUAGAUCGUCCAUGACAUAUGGCAGAGCAAACAUGACAAGCAGAGUUAACCUGCUGCUAGUCCUUGAUCCUAUAUCGCAAGCCCUCUGCAUUCCAAUUUGAUCUACUUUUAAUGAAAAUGGUCUAGAAAUUUUUGGGGAAAGUAUCUCACACCUAAAGGUUUGCUAAUUGUGUCUGAAUUAUAAGGCAUUAACAAUACCCCAAAUUACUGUGAUAUUGCAUUUACAAUAUUUACAAUAUUUGGCCGGUUCCUGCUUCAGGGUAAGGAUAAGUAUGUCAAAUGCUUGGAAUUUCAGAAACCCACCUAGAUACUCAUGGCAGAAGUCAAGGAAUGUACCCUGACGCUAUCCAAUGGCACGACAUAUGUUCCUGGGGUUAUGCCAAGGACUGAUCAGUUGGGCUCCAGUCUGUCCUGCCAGCAGUCUCUGAUAGCAAUCCUGACACGACAUAAAAGACUCUGAAGUGUGUCUGUCAUGUCAUGCGAGGCCCACUAGCCCAUUUUUCAUCAUCCUCCCUAUCCAAGUCCAGUGAUCAUUUGACGCUUGAAGUCUGAGCUGAACCAGUUUCUAGGUGUAGCAUCUUGUAAGAGGAAAUCAGAGAAUAGUUAAAACAGCUGAAGAUGAAGACUGCAGAGGGUGGUGCUGUCAAACAGGAUUGCUUGAUUCUGUAGACUGAGUAGCCUGAUCCUACACUAUAAGCUUCUGUAAUUCUAUGAAGAUAGCAUCAGUAUUUGGAGCAGCAGCUAAGCAAAACUACCACUGGAUGUGCCAACUUGUUAGCAGUCGAUGAACUCACUGCGGAUUUGCAACUCUGCAUCUCUCUGCCUGCUGCCCCAAAGCCUAGGAAAACAAUUCCCACUGUCAUCUCCAAGUAGAUUCUGAUCAUUUGUUCAAUUCAAUACCAUCUACCCUCUUCAGUAUUUGGAGAUUAUUUAUGUAAUUCAGAAUAAUUUGAUUGAAUUACUACAAUUCUACAUAAUUAAGUAUUCAGUGACAUUUUAUUGAUAAUCUUUUAAAUCUACAAAUAAGACCUAAUUUUAAAAUGUUCUUCAGAAUAAACUGUUGAAUCAUUUCAAUUAUUUGUGGUGAGUUAUGGUGAUGAGUUAUAUGUAAACUGUGUUUCUCCCUUCUAUUCUUACUCUUCAAAUAUUCUUAUUAUUAAGCUAUUGAAUUAGAUAAAGGCAACUGGAUUGAU